AUGGCGGAGCCCCCGCUGAGGAGACGGGCUGAGUCAGGACAGAUAAACAACCGUGGUGAAGAUAUUCUGUUUUUAUCAGGUCAACAUGCACUUCACCUACAUUUCUUUUGUUCAGGUUGCUGCUGUGGAGCAGAGAAUGUGGAGGCAUCAAAAAAACAGAAGGUUUCUGUUGGACUGUCACAGGCGAGGAAUCCCAAGUUAGCCUUGUCUUCCCGGAAGAGCCACCCCUGUGAGAGUUGUGGACUAGUCUUGGGAAACAUUUUUCACGUGCUGGAGCUACAGGGAACACAACACGGACAGAUACAGUUGAGGUGUGGAGCAUGUGCAAAACAGUUUUACUUCAUUGUAAAAUUUCACCAGCAGCAUGUGAGAGAGAAGACUCUCAUUAGAGGGGUGGACAGGAUCUCACUUGCAAACAGCUGCAAUUUCAAUGUGUCCCAGAAUCGUUUCACCUGUGGGGAGGUUGGGCAGGGUGUCCUUACCGAAUCAGGACAUCUCCACCUAAAGGCCCCUCAGACCAGAAACAGUCCAAGUGCUAUUUCAACAUGUGGGAUGAUGUUUCAAAGGAGAGAAAAUUGUUACACCAGAAAAGAAUGUAAGAAAGACAUUAGUUGCACCCACAUGUUUAUUCAGGAAAAAGUUGUCGAUGUUGGAAGUCGAUGUUUUGUGUGCUCUGAAUGUGGGAAAUCUUUUACAAGUAACUCUUACCUUCAUUAUCAUCAGAGAGUUCACACAGGAGAAAAGCCUUAUAAAGGCAGUGAAUGUGGAAAGUUUUUUACAAGGAGCACUUGUCUCCAAUAUCAUCAGAGUGUUCACACUAGAGAAAAGCCUUAUCAAUGCAGUGAAUGUAGAAAAACUUUUACCACUAAAACCAACCUUCGUAGUCAUCAGAGUGUUCACACAGGAGAAAAGGCUUUUCAAUGUAGUGAAUGUGGGAAGAAUUUUACCAAUAACAGCUGCCUUCGUCGCCAUUGGAGCGUUCACACUGGAGAAAAGCCUUAUCAAUGUAAUGAAUGUGGGAAGAAUUUUACCAAUAACAGCCACCUUCAUCGUCAUCGGAGCGUUCACACUGGAGAAAAGCCUUAUCAAUGUAGUGAAUGUGGGAAGAAUUUUACCAAUAACAGCCACCUUCGUCGUCAUUGGAGCGUUCACACUAGAGAAAAGCCUUACCAAUGCAGUGAAUGUGGGAAAUCAUAUAGAAGUAGCAACGGGCUCCAAUAUCAUCAGACAGAAACUUUUACCACUAUAACUAGACUUAGUAGACAUCAGAGAGUUCAUACUGGAGAAAAGCCUUAUCAAUGCAGUGAAUGUGGAAAAACUUUUACCACUAUAACUAAACUUCGUAGACAUCAGAGAGUUCAUACUGGAGAAAAGCCUUAUCAAUGCAGUGAAUGUGGGAAAACUCUUACCACUAAAACCAUCCUUCUUAGUCAUCAGAGAGUUCACACAGGAGAAAAGGCUUAUCAAUGUAGUGAAUGUGGGAAGAAUUUUACCACUAACGGCAACCUUUGUCGUCAUCGGAGCAUUCACACUGGAGAAAAACCUUAUAAAUGCAGUGAAUGUGGAAAGUUUUUUACCCAGAGAUAUUCCCUUCGUUGUCAUCAGAGAAUUCAUACAGGAGAAAGGCCUUAUAAAUGCAGUGAAUGUGGGAAAUCUUUUACCCAGAGCACUCCCCUUCGUUGUCAUCAGCGAAUUCACACUGACUGGAGAAAGGCGUUAUGAGUGCAAUUAAUCUGAGGUAUCUCUCAGCCAAAUUUCUAAAUUCGUUCCCUGCAUAAGAGUACAAAUGUGAGGAAUUUGUUAGAUGUGUAGGAAAUGUAGUUUCUUAGUUCGGACUUAACAAUAAUACAAGAAAAUUUGUAAAUCCUCAUUUUUCUGAAUUGUAUCUCAUACAUUUAAUCACCUAUAUUAUGUAGAGUUCCGAUAAGUGUUUUUGCUGUUGUGUGUGUGUGUUUUUAUGUUGAAACACUAUGUAAUUAUGUUACACUUUCUAACAUACAGAGACAUGUUGCCAGAUCUAUGUCACUGCAUAUUUCUGUUGCUGAAGGUAUUUCACCUGAACCACCUAUAAGGACCCUACAGAUGGCAUCAGUCACUAUCCUCAUGUCCCCAGGGAAGCUAACUCUGUUGUCUAAUUUGUUGAAGAAAAUUAAGAAUACCUGAGCCCUUAGUUCUCCCUUGUUUCCCUGUCAUGAGUUGUCACAUAGGACUGAUUUCUGUUGUCGCCAGUAAACAUAAUGUGGCAGAACUGCUAUUUUUAGGGACACACUUUCCCUAUAUGCUAAUGAUGAGUUUAUUGAGUGCCUCAGUCAUCAAUGAUAGAACUGCCAGUCUUAGGCCUCUUUCUUUGCAAAAUAAUGAAGUUCCUUUUCCUAAGACAUCUUUAAUCUUGGAUGUUCUAUUUACUGUUUGGGUUAGUUUCUAAGGAAAUCUAGGCUAUCCAAGCAUGAUGAUGUGAAAAACUUUUAUGUGGGCUCAAACAUUUUUGCCCUUGGGGGAAGACCAUGGUGCAGAAAUUAGCUCAGCAGUUUUUGCCAAAUUUACAUUGCUGCCCAUAAUUUCAUAGGAAACACUGUGGACUCUAGUCCUCAUGUGAUGCUGGAUGCUUUGAGACACAGAGAUCACUCCAAAAAGGGGGCAGCUGUAACAACCUCAAGUAUGUCUGGGAGCGUGAUUUUUUUUUCUAGUUUGCAAGGGAUGCCAAUACAUAUUAAGGGAAUCUCUUGCCCAGAUCUUGCAGAGGGCCACGUGUCCUAAUGUCUACAAUUUCACGGGUGAUGGUCACUAGUUUGAGGACCAGAAAAGUGAUAGAAACCCUUUCACUGCAGAAAC